AAAACUUUUUCACAACAUCGCAUCCGAUCGCGCCCGCUAAAUCCCUCGGGAUAAUUAGAAGUUAUGAAUUAGUGAUCGUAGCUGCCUUACGCGGCGACCGUCAGAAAUAAAAUGCAGCCGAUAUACCCCGUCGUAGCGUGAUGAAUAAUUCUCAAGGGUCGAAAAGUUAGUGACCAUGCUUUCCCUUGAAUUAAUUAUCCCCGCAACAAAACCCGAAUAUAAACCUCGUGUCCAGGGUAUACGUAUAUAUAUAUAUUUGUAUAUAGGUAUAUGAGGAACGCCUAGAAAGUUGCACCUCUGAAGCACGACGUUCUCCUGCCCGCGACCUGCUGCAAACUCAUAGAAUUUGUAAGACUGAAGUUUUCGACCCUCGUCCGCGCCCGCGACUCACAGAAAGAAUACGAACUACCUCUGACCGCAAACAAGAUCAACGUUUUAAAUAAAUUUCAUCCUUACUCUAGACUCGGGACCCGAUUUAAAUUUCACUAAAUUUAAUGCUGGAGUAAAAGUUUCUUACCGUUGUUUGCUCAACGAUUACCGAAAAAGUGUAUUUUCGCUUCGUAAAAGCGGAUCGGACGACGAGGUGUGCAAGAUCCAUCCGUAAUUUCGAAUGCCCUGUAAUCCCUUCGGGAGGGGGGACGGCGAGUGCAGCGCGACACUUGAUUCGAGAGAAGAAGCGGUCCCACAAUUUUUCCCAGGCCUAUGACACGGUCUUGGGUACGGUUGUGGUGGCUAGAGCAGCGAAAAAUUCUUCAGUCUGAAGUGAGUUUUAACAAUCCGGAAAAAUUAUCUGUUGCGGUCCGCCGUAGUGGUGUAGCCUGGACAGUGUCUCUCGGACCUGUCCAAUAUCUUAAGCACCAAAUCUCGGGGGCGCGCGGUUAUUUAGAACCCCGACUCGCAGUGUCUUUCAGGAUCGUUGAAUUAUAUUGUCCUCUGGGGUGAAAAAAGGUAAAAAAAAACGCCGAACUUGUCUCCUAAAAUCAGCAAGUUGAUAAUACAGCGCAAUACGUAUUCUUAAUUUCUGUUAUACUGACGUUACACGACCACGUAAACAUCUGCGAUCUGGUGUACACCUGCGGGUCAGGGUCGACGAAAUUAUCGGGUUGGGUGAUAAUUUUUUCAUCGAUCGCUCGAUAGAAACGUUUCGCCGAUAAAGAAUGUCCGGAAAUUAUGAAAAUUCCACCUGCAGCGUAUACACGUGUAAAUACCUAUACAUAUCUGAAGAAAAAUAGCUACCGAAAUACCGACGUUUGCUAAUUACUCACGAACGAUAUGGCAUCAUCUUUAUUUUACAACAGCAUUGUACUUGUUACAUUCAUGUACCCACACAUUCGUAAUUUCGACGCUCAGUUACACAUAUUAUAUAUUAUACACCUGUUCGACGAAGCAUGGCGUACGUCUCAUUAUACGUGCGUCAAUUUACCAAAGUCAAUUUAAAACGGUUGCUUGUAACACUGUGUGUACAUCACAUCUACGCGGAGACGUACUUAGUUAAUACCUGUACGUAUUUAUACACGUAUAUAGACAGACGUACACGCGUGUACGUAUAGUAAGGUAACCUCCUACCGAGGCGCCUCCUCCACCUCGAAAUAUUUUUAUCGUUGCUUUCUGCUAAUUUUCCAUUCUAAUUUCAUACGGGGCAAUAUUAUUUACAUAAUUCACGUGUACGUGGGCUACAUACAUAGGCAUAAUAUCUCUACACAUUUAGAGAGGACAAGUGCAGUAUUGUGAUCUACAUGGAAGCGAGAAAUCGCCGUGCGUACGUUGCACGGUCGGAAAUCCGCGCGCGCUUCAAGUUUCACAGCUAUACAGAAUCAACCGAACUAACAAGCCACACGCUCUCCUCUUCGUAGAUGGUGAAACGUAUCGUACGUGAACUGCACUCGAGGACCCUUCCAACCAUCAUCGAGGCACGUUCUUCUUCUUCUUAUUCUUAUUACUCUCCUCGGUUAUAAAUAUACCCGCCCUAUAGCGCGACGUUCCUACGACUCUACCAAUACCAAAACUGACCCUAUAAACUCGUCGACGCCGAUCCGAAUUCUCUAAUCGCCUCUACGCGGAUCGGAUUAUCGAUCGGUAAUCGGAGGGUUUCUAUUAUUUUCUCAUCGUCAUACCCCACGUUGCGAAGAUCCAAUACACCGUCGGCCUGGGGUGUAUUGGACGUCGAAGACGGAAUAGGAAAUGUCUUUGUACACGUGUCGCGAAAAAAAUGAUACGAAUGAAAGAGAGAAUGAAGGAGAAAAAAAAGUUCCGGAGGAUCGUGAGCGUCGAGAGGAGAAAACCGCGACACCCCGCAACGAGUUAUUGGCACGCGCGCGCGCGAUCUUCGCAUCGCGGGGAUCGAAGAUCCGUAACGAAGUGGAGAGAGAACAAUAAGAAUAGAAAAAAUGGGCAAGAAACAGAAGGGACAAAACAGCGAGUGAAGUAAAAAAAAUCCUCUGCCCCGACAAGGUUACACCCCGUCGCAUGCUCCGCGACUGUAUACACGUACGCGACGCGCACCCCAAAAUUUCUGCCCCACAGAGACGUUACCCCCACCCCGUAAUAUCGGGGGGUUGUAAAGCCACCCCACGACGCGUGGGGUGUCCGGUCGAGCCGAACAUACCCGAGUUUAUCCGAUGUGCGCCAAGUGCCCCACACAGCAGACCCCACCGCCCCGCCAUGGCGCAGCUAUCCACAGUCCACUCAGAGAUACGGCCGUCGCUGGACCAUCGCUCCAGGUCCACGCCGAACUCUUGCACGAGCCGCAGCUCGAAACCAGUGACAGCUAGUAACCAACGCUCCGUUCGCAACCGACGGAAUUAUAAUGGAAAUAACCGGUAUAUGGAAAAAUUGCCAGAACAUUGUACCGGCUGUCAUCUGAGAAAUAGCGAAACUAACGUCCAUUUACGGAGCGACGAUAUUCGAUAAAAAUUUAUGCAAGAAGAAACUUCGCCAACAAAUCCAGAUAAUAUGUAAAAAGGGAAUAAUUUCAUUUAACAAAUUGUCAAUCGAUCGUCAAUAAAAAUUAAUUCUCCCAUAUAAAUUGUUGAAUAUAAAUUAUAAAAUAGUAAUUCAUGUAUAAAUUAACAACGAUCAGCUGCUGCGAAAAGUUUGUGAAUAUGGUACGGUGAUAAGAAAUUUUCAUGUUUAUCGGAUGAAUUGUAACAAUUUAUUUAUUCCAUCAACCGAAGAAGAGAGCACGAUCAUCGGACUUGUGAAUCUUAUGAGAUGAAAUUUUGUGUGUAUUAAAAAAAAAAUCAUCGAAACGAAAUGACGAGACAUAAUUUGUCGUGAAAUUCCGUCAGGCGAGGAAACAUGUAAUUGGAAAGAGAAGAAGACUGUACACCUUGUACUGCGUAAUGACAGUUUGAUCCUCACCGAACGGAAGGUCUCCAAAUACCGGAGACUUGGAUUAAAGGGAAGAAAAAAUAAAUCCAAACAGUUUAAUUGAAAUUUUUCGAUAAUCACAAAGUUCGAAACAUUGAUAACAAAAAAACAAAUACUGAGAGCGACACGUUGAUAAUAUUUGAAAGAAGGGUUAGUGACAGUGUCAGAGACAUGAAGAACAUUUGACAGAGUUUGACAGAUCGAGAUCGAUAACAAUACGUAUAUAUACAGAUAAAGAUAAAUAUAUAUAUAAUUAUAUAUACAUAUAUUUAAUAAGUUAUUGCUGUUGAGUUGUUUUAUUUUAAUUUUUUUUUCCAAUUUUCAAUUUCCCAUACAAUAUUUUCAAACUGUACUUUGGUGAAUGGUGACAAAAUUGCGCAAAAAUGCGGUGAAACCGCGCGAUGCGACUCUGUGAUUGACGAGUGACACUGCUGGACGUUAUUAUUCAUUCGGUUUCUCUGAAAGAGAUUCACUCGUUUUUAUUUGUUCAUUUUUAUUUUUUAUCCCUCUCUAUUUCGUGUGGGAAGAAAAUCUAAACUACCAAAAUGAGGAUCAAAAUGCCAGCUGUCAGGAUCGCUCAAGCGGAAACGUCUCAAGGCUCGAGUCCGGACACUGUCCAAUGCGGAGGGUGUCGGGCGUCCUAUCCUCUGGGCGACAUCGUGAGGUUCAUCGAACACAAGGUGAAUCAUUGUCGAAGUACGCCUCAAGGAUGCCACAGCCCUCCGCCAGCUGCUGCCCCGGAAGAUUCGGAUCCAGAGGACGCUCUGGCUCUGAAAACUGAACAAGAAAAGCUCAACUCCGUACCAAGCAUUUCGGCACCCAUAAACAAACGGGGCAGUCGUCUCGAAAGUCCACCGACGCCACAGGGCUCAGGUUCUGACGGUGGAAGUCCGAUCGAAUUGAGGGCGAGCGCGAGUUCAACACCCAAGAGAAGAUUGGAAGAGGACAAAGAAGAAUUGCCGAAAAAACCUAAACGGGAGUCCGUCGACGCCGACACAAACACUACGAGUUCCGAACCACGAUGGCUUCAGUGUUCUCAGUGCGCCCGACGACUCUCCUCCGCGUGGGAGCUUCUUCAGCACGCGCAGAGCGUCCACGGGGCUAGACUCUACUCCUCUUCGUCCUCCGUGAAUUCCUCCUCAAAUACACCGGCCCCAAGUCCGCCGACGCAGAACCCGAGUCACACGCAUCACCUGAGUCCCCCGAACCACUUGAACCUCAGCGGUAAAUCAACCGGAAGUUCUUCGGCGGCGAAUUCAUCCGGCGGAGGGAACUCCAGCGGUAGCAGCGGCAGCAGUGGCAGGCAACUCCAGUCGUCGGCUUCGUUGGUCGGCGAUCCGCUGCACAGUUUCUUGAGAUUGCCGCCGCACCUGGAGCGAAGCUUUCCGCCCAUGUUCAGGCCAGAUUUUCUCGCCCUCAACCCUCUAGCCGGGUACAGGGGUCUCCAGGACCUUCAAACCGCCACUAGGAACCUCCAGAAUCUCGGGGACCCCCUUCGAGGUAUGGACGGCCUGAACCUCGGCGACUCCCUCGUAAGAAGUUCCCUGGACUCGCUCAACAAUGCGAGGAACCUUGCCAACCUGGCCGAACUUUCUCACGGACGUGGUCUUUCCGGUCAGGCCCAUCCACCACCACUAGAAGCGAACCUGGAUUUUUACUCGGCGCGCCUAAGGAGCCUCGCUAACCCUUCCUUAGGCGCGGCUCCGAAUCCCACUCCGAACCAAACCACAAAUCCCAACCCCGUUGUAAACGUACAGCCGAUCCAACCACCCAGCCCGGCAGCAAAUCCUGCGAAUCUUACUCACAAUAAUUUACAAAAAGAGAACUCACCGCCGUGUUACACCCAGAGCCCCAUAGGCGGCCAUCACAACAACAACAACUCCACGGAUAGCGAAAAAACGUGUCCCCCGGUCGCCUCCACCCCCAUCAUCGCUGACUCUGAGACGGUCUACACUUGUGAGGUAUGUGAGAAAAAGUUUCGCUUCCAAUCUAACUUGAUAGUUCACCGAAGAAGUCACCAGGAUAAGGAGCAAGCCUUCCAGGAAACCAUUCAAGACACCACAGCCACGAGGUGUGAAAUUUGCGAAUUGGAAGUUCCGAGUUUUUCGGAACUCCGGAAACACAUGCGAAACGAACACCAGGAUGCUUUGAACGUUGCGUCGAGUCCUCAGGGUAGUGUCGAGACCGUUCCCGACGACGGCAGCAGUUGCGACGAGAAUAUGGAUCUAGACGAAGGCGAAGAGACGGACGCCAAGAGGGAGGACAACGAGGAAAACACUCCCGAAGACCUGAGUACGACCCAAGGUCAGAGUAGCGAAGAGGGUGGUACGAGAGUUGAUCAGAAACCCAGUCUAGUCGGUGAUCUCAUGGAAAAAUUCGGCCUGAGUAACAUCGCCCAGUAUUCGGAGGCGUACAGACAAGCGUUGCAAGAAAAUCACCGCGGUGGUUUUUUAAAAACCGAUUCUCCCUCGAAUUUAACAAAUUCCCUGAACAACAACAAGGAGAAGGACAGCGCUUUGUCGCCGACGAACUUCAACUCGUCGACGACACCGAAUAUAUUUUCCGGUCAGGGUUUUCCAAGGUCAACCGCACCUGAUUUCGGAGGGUUGUGGUUACCCAGUCCUCAUUAUUUGGAGAACAACGAGUUUCGAAAAGCCUCGAAAGCCACCACGUCCAGUCUAUCACUUCAAGGCCUGCCGAGUCCGCUGCUAAAAAAAGAACGCAGCGGUAGAAACGACACGUGUGAAUACUGCGGCAAGGUGUUUAAAAACUGUUCUAAUUUAACGGUCCACAGGAGAUCUCACACCGGCGAAAAACCUUACAAAUGUGAACUUUGCUCGUACGCCUGUGCCCAAAGUUCGAAACUAACGAGACACAUGAAAACACACGGUCGUCACGGGAAGGAUAUUUACAGGUGUAGGUUCUGCGAAAUGCCAUUCUCGGUACCGAGCACCCUAGAAAAGCACAUGCGAAAGUGCGUCGUUGUCCAGCAGGGUCAAAAAAUGGGAAUGCCCUAUUCGGGGAGUCAGGACGAGGAUUCGUCCUUGAGUACAAAGGAUACUUGAUCGUGGAACGUCAGUCUACCGCCUAUACCGCCACUUUGGCCGCACAGGCCACCAUAUACGGUGUACUAGGAGUCCGUCGUGUCCUUCCGGUUCGCCAAGAUUUUUCCUUCCGUUUCCCAGACUCGAAAGAAGACGGACAUUACUUCCUCGUUGUCUUCCUUUCGUACGGGUGUAUAAGGCAGAUUGUGAAAAUCCUUGGUAGAAAUACGAGUUCUUCAGGCGUAAUACGACGUGCGUAGCAAAAGAAUUCCUUUCCUCUUUCGUUUUCUCUCGAAGCGAAAAAAAUGAAGAAUAUUUCAGUCUCACCAUUGCGUCGCGUGGUGAUCGUAUCGCUGCCGAAAUGAGAUUUUCAUGGAAAAAUCGAUUUUAGUUGAAAAAAUAUAUAUAUAUAAAAAAAAAAAAAAACGUAUAUAUGUGAGCAUACUCGUACGCAGUGGUAAAGGUCGACGCGGUCGGUGAUCGAGGGCUGGAAAUGCCUGAAACAAUAGUACUCAAUACUAGCUUUGACCUCAAAGAGAGAGAAAAUAUCUGCAAUACGAGAAGAAUCUCUUCGGGGAUAAAUCUUCGAUAACGAAACGUUCCAACCUAGAAGACUGGACGUAAAAUGUAAACUUAUAUAAACGAAAUACUUAAACCCCAUUAAUUUUAUUUACAUGAAUGGUUACCAUAACGAGUCUCACCCUAUUAAUUACAAUUAUGAAUAAUUACUAUACGUACAAUAACAAACACAUUAACAUCACACCCGAACACAUAAUUGAAAAACAAACAGACACAUACAACAAACACGCAACUAUUAAUAGUAACUUUAUUAUUAUCAUAUUGAAGAUUAUUUAUUUAAUAAUAUAAUAUAUCGUAAUAUAUGAACUUGAACUAUGUAUGUACUAGUACGUUUUUGUACAUUCUGUAGUAAUUUUUGAAAACACUGUAUAACGGCCUUUUGAAAUGGCGUAUCGCAGUUCUGUAUAUAUAUAUAUUACCUACGUACAACACCCCUAUUAUGUAUUGAUAUCAAGUGAAAUAUUAAUUUACAUGAUAAUUAUUACGUGCUACCCAUUAGCAGUUUAAGAUCUAGAUCGAUUAUAUGUAAAAUGUAUCAUACCUAUUAUUAUUAAUAUUAUGGUCUUCAUUAUUAUGAUCAUAUUAUUAUCAUUAUUAUUAUUAUUAUUAUUACGAAUUGAACGAAACUUACAUUAUUUUAUUUCGAUAUUUAAAUUAUUAUUGAAAUGUUUUUAAUAAUUAAGAAGAUGCCAAAGUUGUCUAGGUUUAUCGUCUAUUAUCUAUAUUCAUAUAGUAUGCUAUGUGACAUGCGGUGUCUGUGAAGUAAGAAUUUUUUACAAGCAAUCGCAUCACUUGAUUUUAUUUAUUGUAUGAAAAUUAACUAGGGAGGAAAUUUCAAUGUUGGUUAUAUCGAUAUAUGUUCGAGUUGUUCUUUUUGUUCCCUUUUUUCCUUCCAACUUGGCUGGAUUUGACUUGCUUUACAGUCAUCUCGUGUUGACAUUUUCUAAAUAUUAUUAUUGUCUAUUAUUGCACUUAUUUCGUUCGUUGAUGAUUAUAUUUAUUAUUGAAAAUAAUAUUUACUCGAUAUCGACCUUCGUACAAUCAAAUUUAAAUACCUUAAUGAUCCUACGAAGGCCGUCAAAGGGUACUAAUUUUGUUUCAAGAUGUUUCGCAAAAAAAAUUCUGUUUCUUACCCAAGACUGAGGUUCUUUGAAUAUUACAAUUAUUGUGGUUAUUAUUUCUAUUGCUAUUAUUAUUAUUAUUAUUAUCAUCAUUAUCAUUAUCAUUAUUAGCAACUACAUUAUUAUUAUCACGACUAUAAUUUCUAUCAUUAUUAUGAUUAUGAUUAUGAUUAUGAUUAUUAUUAUCAUCAUUAUCAUCAUUAUCAUCAUUGCUAUUAUUUUGUUCCAUCGAAAUCGUUUUGUCGUUGUAAACUUUUUGAAGAAAAUUGUUCCUAAAAAUGUAGGCAAUAAGGUAAAGAAAGAAAGAAAAAAAUACAAAAAACAAGGAAAAAUAAAGAAAAAAGAAAAAAAAAGAAAUGGGAAAACUCAUAUCAGAUAGUUUUUGGUGUUAGACAUGUACGGCUCUAGAUAAAAAUCUCGUUAUCUAGUUAAAAAUUUGUUAGAUCAUCUCAUAUACGUACCGGGCCUAUAUUUAUAUGCAUGUAUGUGUGUGUGUGUGCGUGAGUGUAUUAUUAUUUAUAAAUUUAUUAACAUACGCACAUACAUGUAUGUAUAUAAUUCUGUAAAUAAGGCACUGCCCGUAGCAAAAAUUGGAAAUAAUUUUAAAAAAAUUUAAAAUGUUAAUAUAAUAAUUAUUCUAGUGGUUAUUUAAAAUAUGUAAUUAAGCCCCGUUUUGCUGCGGACAGAGAGGAAAAAAUGAAAUAAAAAAAAAAAAAAAACAACCAAGUACCAAACAAACAAACGUAACAAGACAAAGAAAUAUGGAGAAACAAACAACAAAAGGGAAAAAAAAGAGAAAUAAUAAUAAAAAAAUAAUAAAAUGAAGAAUGUUUUUUGAAAAAAAUUUGAAUGUUAGCCGAAAAACGCAAGUUAGUGUGUAUUCGAAAAUAAACGUACGCAAAAAUACCAUGGAUGCAAGUAUUUGUUUUCUAUAUGUAUGUAAAAUAUCAGCUUUUUCUUUUCAUUUUUU